AUGUCCAACUUUCUCAACGACGUUACCACCGGCCUCAAGGGCAUCCGCGGCGCCGGCGACGCCCUGCGCGGCGAGCUGAUGGAGGCCGUCGACCAGACGUUUGACAACAACCCGAGCCACCCGACGACGGCCGCUGCCACCAACAAACACCACACGAUUGCCGACAAGGGCAAGGCCGACAUGGCGGCCGCAGACGACAUGGUGGCACGCCACGAGCAGGCGCAUCGCGAGAAGAAGGCGGCCGAGACAGGCACCGCCGGGGCGGCGUUCCGCAACAGAGGCGCCGAGACUGGCGCGGCACCGGUGGCCACGCACGAAACGAGUGCAGACGCGUAUGAUGGGAGCGGUGCAGCCGCCCCAGCGACGGAAGGAUACGGCGGAAAUGUGAAUGCGAAUGCAAACACGGCGGCAAGUGGAAGACAGUAG